CGCAGGUAGCCACGUGGAGAAAGCCCGUCCACAAACUAUUUUUUUCUUUUUUCGGCCGAGCAUUUGAUGUUUUUGACAGCUGUUGGGCUGUAAUGAUAAUUUCAACAAAUAAAAUGUAAUACUAUAAAAUAUGUGCAUACACUUUAUAGUUUAUAAACACGUGUUGCCAAGGUACAAACGUUGCUAGGAGCGAGCUUCUUUUAAAAAAUACUCAUAAUACAAAGUGGAUAAAUUGAUCAGCAUAGAGAUGAGAGAGUGGUUUCAAGGUUUCCAUGGACUCUUAUAUUUAUGUGUUUUGCCAUGAGACCAAUCGUUGGACUGUCUACAUCGGCACUUCAUGCUUAGCCAUGUACGAAGCCUCAAGGAGCCAGGGAGAGUUUGAGGAGCCGUCAGCAUCAUGCAGCACAUGUCAUCUCCGGUCAGGUUCCGCAGCAGUAAGAAAGUUGUCCAGUCUGUCCAUUGGGGACCAGGAGAACACUCCGUUUCCUUUUGCCAUCAGGGAUCUGCCUCCCAUCUCUCAGCCUGGCGACCGGCACCAGACACCACACGACCAGGCACCAGUCCACCAUGAGGCAGAGGGAACUGAGACAGCAACCAACGGUCUCCCCACCCUCCCCGGGACUCCCACUGUUCCCCAUGCCAUCCUCUGCAACCCUGCUGGCUCUCCGACAGUCCCUCAUAGACCAAGUCGCAUGGGAGAAAACGCAAAUCUUCAGCCGGUGGCGCUGAGGAGGCAGCUCGUCUCUCAGGUGUCUAUGGAUUGUCCACUCAGCCCGGCAUCACGUCCACAGAGCCCCUGGGGACGCUUUGACCCAAAUGACCCUCGAGAGGAUCAGGACAAAGAGUAUGUGGGUUUUGCCACGUUGCCCAACCAGGUUCAUAGAAAGACAGUGAAGAAAGGUUUCACAUUCACGCUGCUGGUGGCAGGGGAGUCGGGCCUCGGUAAAUCCACACUUAUCAACAGUUUGUUCCUCACGGACCUCUACAAAGACCGGAAGGUUCCCAAUGCACAAGAACGGAUUGAUCAAACAGUCAACAUCGUAAAACACACCAUUAGCAUUGAAGAGAAAGGAAUCAAAGUGAGGCUCAGCAUCAUAGACACACCGGGGUUCGGAGACGCUGUCAACGACACAGAUAGCUGGAAGCCAAUAGAAGACUACAUUGACCAGCAGUUUGAACAGUACUUCAGAGAUGAGAGCGGGUUGAACAGAAGGAACAUCCCGGACAACAGAGUACACUGCUGCCUCUACUUUAUCUCUCCGUUCGGCCACGGUCUUCGGCCUCUGGAUGUGGCGUGUAUGAAGGCUUUGCAUAACAAAGUUAACAUAGUUCCUGUUGUGGCCAAAGCUGACAGCCUGACACAAGCAGAGGUCUACAGAAAGAAGCUGAAGAUCAGACAGGAGAUUGAACAGUUUGGGAUCAACAUCUACCAGUUUCCAGAGUGUGAUUCAGAUGAGGACGAAGACUUUAAAAAGCAGGACCAAAUACUCAAGGACAGCAUCCCAUUUGCAGUAAUUGGGAGUAAUGUUCAGGUGGAGAGCGAAGGUCGUAAGUUCAGGGGUCGUUUCUAUCCCUGGGGUGUGGUAGAAGUGGAGAAACCGGCUCACUCUGACUUCCUGCUGCUGAGGAACAUGCUGGUGAGAACCCAUAUGCAGGAUCUGAAGGAUGUGACCGGGGAGACGCACUAUGAAAAUUAUAGAGCCCAGUGCAUUGAGAAUAUGACGCGCAUGGUGGUGCAGGAGAGGAAACGCAGUUUGCGUGAGAAGCAUCGCGAUCCGAGCGAGGCAGAUGUUCCUCUGCCGCUGGCUCCCGCUGACAAUCAGACGGAAAGACUCCUAUUACAGAAAGACGAAGAACUGAGGAGGAUGCAGGAGGUGCUGGAGAGGGUCCAGGAGCACAUGCUGCACGGCCAGAGAGGAGGUUUCUGAUUGUGGUUUCUGAUACCCGAGAAGAAAGAAAAAAAGGAGGAGGAGACAAACGAGGAGUCCCCAGGAACACAAAGGAGGCCCCGUCUACAAUGACAAGCAAAAAGAGAUGGAACUUGUAUGAAAAGGAAAGUAGCACAGUUGAGGUCCUUGUCCGAUGGCUGUCUCCCACCACCCCAAAAAAAAACCAAGUGAGCUUUACUCUCAAACUCUGUAAGUAUAAAGACACAGUCGCAAACUCCUGCGCAUGUUUGCUUACCUGCAGCCAGGAGAUGCAGGUUCCAGCCUUCAGCAGGUCACACUGGCUGUGAAUUUCUUCAUUGAAAGAUGGCAACCAUCAAACAUCUUCAUCCGGAGACUAUAAUUUAAAUUUCUUCCAUAAAUGUUAUCAAUGUGACCCAGGACGGCAUCUUGAGUAGUAACCUUGAUAAGGAUGAAACACUGUCAUCUAGGGGUCUUUGUAGUGAUUUGGUUUCAAAUUUGUAAACAGCAUUUUUCAUGUUUAUUA